CGCCGUCUAAGCAGUAACCUUAAAGGGCCAGCAGCCAUGGCAAGAAUAAAGGUUCAUGAGUUGAGGAACAAGUCGAAGACAGACCUUUUGGCUCAGUUGAAGGAUCUGAAGGCGGAGCUUGCUCUUCUCCAUGUUGCAAAAGUCACCAGUGGUGCUCUUAACAAGCUAUCCAAAAUCAAGGUGGUAAGGUUGUCAAUUGCACAAGCUUUGACUGUCAUCUCACAGAAGCAAAAGUCAGCUCUUAGAGAAGUUUACAAGAACAAGAAGUACUUGCCUCUUACGAAAAGUUUGGCUAGAUCUGGUUGUGCGGUGGCUUAGGCUGUUGUUACUGUGGAGGUUGAAGGAGGAAAGAAAAAUAGUGAUGGUAUGUGACGGAGAUGAAGACGGGUGAGGGAGAAAGUUGCACAAGUGAGAUUCUUGAUGAAAUCUUGAGAGUCUCCAUUGAUGUUGGAGUUUUUGGGGGUAAAAAUUUGCAGAGGCAAGAGGUUUGCUUCAGUCCAUGUAUGGAGGUGUAACGAGCAGGUUCGUCCAUUUAUCCACAAUUCUCGAAUUCUUGGUGUUUACAGCAACAAAGGCCGUAUUUUUGCUUUUACUCUUACAUGGAAGCUCAAUAUAGUAAAAGGGAAUAAACCCAGCAAGGAAAAGAGACCAAUUUCAGUUCUAGGUUCUGAUGGUGUGGCGCCACUAGUUGUUGAAUUGGAAGAAGGGUCUGUAGGAAAUGGUGGAAGGAAGGUGGAGGAGACGAAAAAUGGUGUUGUUGGUUUUGGGAUUGUGAAGAAAUUGCCUAGAAAAGUUUUGGGGAUUUUGUCCAAUUUGCCUUUGUCUAUUGCUGAGAUGUUUGCUAUUGCUGCCUUAAUGGCCUCAGGAACUUUCAUUGACCAAGG